UGGAAAAAUGGUGCACAUACUCAACUCCAUCUUCCAGAAACAUCCCCAAUAAAGUUUUGUUCUCGAUUCAAUCCAGUGAUUCUUCUCUGGAUUAAAGGCGCCAGGAGGGGGAUUCCUUCAACGAUUUUGCUUUGCGUCGAGUUCGGGUUCUUUCGUAAAUCCUAAGCAGCAUUCACUACCACCACCAUCUCUGCGAGAUCAUCUGCCACUCCAAUGUAAUACAGUUUAAAUUCGGGCAAGGUUAUCGUCGACUUUGAGCUGGAAAUAGUGCAACUUAAUGGGCUGGCUUAGUCGAAUUUUUGGAGGAUCAAAUUCAAGGUAUAGCUGCAGCUAUGAAACAGAUACUGCAGGGAAUCUAUCACCAGUGAUUGAAGAUCAUAAAGGAGAAGGCUUAGUAAUUGAAUCAAAACUUCAAGAUGAUGAACUUGCUUGGGGUGUUCGGGAGAGUUGGGAUACCGAGUCCUCGAGUGGGACUGCCUAUGGUUACGGAUAUACAAGUGAUAGCCUUUAUCAGCCCAUUUCUUUCCCCUACGAUACCAGCUUCGGGAACCGUCUUGGCAGUGAUGCAUCUUUAUACUCCGGUAGGAUUUGCGCCGGUUGCAAUAUGGAUGUCGGCUAUGGAAGGUAUGUGAGUUGUAUGGAUGCUUUGUGGCACCCAGAAUGUUUUAGAUGCCGCGGAUGUAGCCAACCGAUUUCUGACUAUGAGUUUUCGGUGCACGAAAGCUGUCCUUAUCACAAAACUUGCUACGAGGAGACUCAUCAUCUGAGAUGCGAUGUCUGCAGACAUGUUAUUCCAGCCAAUGCAGUAGACGUGAUUGAGUACAGGGCACAUCCUUUUUGGUCGCAGAAAUACUGUCCUAAACACGAGCACGAUGGAACUCCUCGAUGCUGCAGUUGUGAGCGAAUGGAAUCAUGGAACACGAGAUUUAAUGUCCUUGGUGAUGGGCGGAAGCUCUGCUCGGAGUGUUUCGACUCAGCAAUUAUGGAAAGUAACGCCUGUCAGCCGCUUUAUCGAGAUAUACAGAAGUUCUUCAAAGGCUUAAAUAUGAAAGUGUUGCAGCAAAUACCGUUGCUCUUGGUUGAUAAACCGGCGCUGAUCGAAGCGAUGGGCGGGGAGACACACGGGCAUCAUCAGGACAUGCCCGAGACUCGCGGGCUUUGUCUUGCUGAGGAAAGAACAGUCAACCAGGUUUUGCCGCGUCCGAGGAUAAGAUUUGGAAUUGGAAAUCGCACGAGAAGUCCUGCUUUUAAACCAACAUUCAGCUGUGAAGUGACGGCAAUCCUCAUCUUGUAUGGUCUUCCGAGAUUACUGACUGGAAUCAUAUUGGCCCAUGAGAUGAUGCACGCUUGGCUGCGACUCAACGGGUACCAAAAUCUGAGACAAGAUGUCGAAGAAGGGAUAUGUCAAGUCGUCGCCAGCUUGUGGUUGGACUCGCGGAUCGUCGAAUCUUUGUCCAAAAGGGAUGGCGCGACGACCACAUCAAAACAGGGAUCGAUGUCUCCGUUUGAGAGGAAACUCGGCAAGUUUUUAAUGCAUCAGAUGGCGACAGACUCAUCUGAUGUUUAUGGAAAUGGCUUUAGAGCCGCGCGUCGCGCCGUGGUCGGGUUCGGGUUGCGGAGAACCUUGGACAGCUUACGCAAGACUGGACAUUUUCCCAGUUGAAUCUGAUACUUUACUCUACUUGGAAAUAUUUUAUAAAAAUUGAAAAAUUACAUUAUAUUAAUCAUCAAAAUAAAAAUUAUAUAUA